AUGGUUGCUGAUGCAUUGCGGCUGAACCACGCCGUAUUUGGUGUCUUGUGCCUUUGGAGUCGAACAGCCACCAAAUCCCUCCAAAAACACCCGUCACAAAUGAUCCUGACCUCUGCCACACAGAAAUUGCCCGAGCAGGCUUCAAACGUUAUGUUGAGGCCAGAAUGUCAAUGGACGACUCCAGUUUCUUCGAAUGCAUAA